UGACAGCCAAAAACGCAAGUCAAAAAUAGCAUAGUCACUAAAUAGCUCUAAAAACUUUAAUUUUGCGUAAGAAAUUGUUGAAAAAUUUAAUGAAAUCCCGUCGGGAAGUGUUAAGGACCUGCUAAUUUUGUUCCAAGUAUCGCAAAGCCAAAGUUGUCACCAUCAGCAGCAGAAAAAAAUAGAUUAACAUGAGUUCCGCUACAGUUUUUGGACAAAAGGCAGGUGUAACAACGCCGGCUGAAAAUGGAGCUCACCCUGAUCGUCUGCUAAUUUUGGACGCCGGUGCUCAGUACGGAAAGGUAAUCGAUCGAAAAGUGCGUGAAUUGCAAGUGGAGUCUGAAAUUUUACCGUUAAAUACUUCAGCGGAAACUAUAAGAAAUGGAAAUUACCGGGCAAUCAUUAUAUCAGGUGGACCGGGCUCUGUUUAUGCUGACAACGCACCGGAAUAUGAUCCCAACAUUUUUGCCUUGAAUCUGCCAAUUUUAGGCAUUUGUUACGGCAUGCAGAUGAUUAAUAAAGAACUAGGCGGAACUGUCCAUAAAAAAGAAGUACGAGAAGACGGACAACAUACGAUUGAAGUAGAAGCUGCCUGUCCGUUAUUUGAUCGACUAGAACGACAACAAGUAGUGUUGUUGACGCAUGGUGACAGUAUCGACAAACUUGGAACAAAGUUGCAAGUUGGUGCAGUUUCCUCAAACGACAUAAUAGCGGCCAUCUAUAAUGAUUCUCUACGUAUCUAUGGGGUUCAAUUUCACCCGGAGGUCGAUUUAACGAUCAAUGGAAAACAGAUGUUGUCCAACUUUUUGUUCAACAUUUGCAACCUGACGCCGAGCUACACGAUGCAAAGUCGCAAAGAGAUGUGCGUGAAACACAUCAAAGACAUUGUUGGUAGCAACAAGGUACUAGUGUUAGUGAGCGGUGGCGUAGAUUCGGCCGUGUGUGCUGCCCUUGUUCGUCAUGCACUCGAACCAGAUCAAAUCAUUGCCGUACACAUUGACAAUGGAUUUAUGAGACACGAGGAAAGUGCUAAUGUCGAAAAGUCCCUACGAAAUAUUGGCAUCAAUUUAAUCGUUAAGAAGGCGUACUUUCAAUUCAUAAAAGGGCAAACGGAAUUGAAACUUCCGGGUUCCACAUACAUGCAUGUUUCGCCGCCGCUUAUGUGUUGUACGAAUCCUGAAGUAAAACGAAAAAUUAUUGGAGAUGUCUUCAUGAAAGUGUCCGAUGAAGUGUGCCGUGAACUGAAUCUAGACCCGAACGAUGUGUUUUUGGCACAAGGAACACUGCGGCCGGAUCUCAUUGAAUCUGCAUCGAGUUUAGUUAGCACAAAUGCGGAAACCAUUAAGACACAUCAUAACGACACGGAACUUGUUAGAAAACUCCGUGAUGCUGGUCGAGUUGUCGAACCACUAAAAGACUUCCAUAAGGACGAAGUUCGUGUUAUAGGACGUGAUCUAGGACUGCCAGCUGAAUUGGUUGAAAGACAUCCGUUUCCGGGUCCUGGACUCGCUAUUAGAGUUUUAUGUGCCGAAGAAGCGUUCCUAGAAAAGGAUUUCUCAGAGACACAGGUAAUCGCUCGUGUGAUAGUCGACUACUCCAAUAAAGUAAACAAGAAGCAUGCAUUAUUAAAUCGUGUUGUAAACACGACAACCGAGGAAGAACAGCAGGAACUCAUCAGAAUUUCACAAAGUCAAAAAUUAGCAGCGACCGUCUUGCCAAUUAGGACUGUUGGAGUUCAAGGUGAUAAACGCUCAUAUAGUUACGUUGUCGGAUUAUCUAGUAAUGACUCUCCAGAUUGGAAUGAUAUGAUGUUCUUGGCGAAACUUAUUCCACGCAUUUUACAAAAUGUCAAUAGAGUCUGUUAUAUCUUUGGUGAAGAAGUAAAACAUCAAGUGACAGAUGUGACACACACAUAUCUGUCAAAGCAUGUGUUGUCCCAAGUGAGACACGCAGAUCAUAUUGUUAAUGAGAUACUUCAAAGCUCGAAUCUUAUGCGAAAAAUAGCACAGAUGCCAGUAGUUUUAAUCCCAAUACAUUUUGAUCGGGAUCCGAUCAAUAGAACACCUUCAUGUCAAAGAUCGAUUGUUUUGAGACCGUUUAUCACGAAUGACUUUAUGACUGGUGUUCCUGCCAUACCUGGUUCUGAACAAAUGCCUCUGGACGCUCUCAUUAAAAUUCAUCAAAAUAUUAGCAAUCAUGUUGUUGGCAUCUCACGAGUGCUGUACGAUUUGACACCAAAACCACCUGGUACCACAGAAUGGGAAUGAACCGAAGUCGAAAUUUUUUAUUACAGCUACAACUAUUAUUUAUUCAACAUUUAAUAGCUAUUACAAA